AUGGGGACGCAUGAGGGAGGAGGGGAUGGAGGAGGGAUCGUGGAUUGCUCGGUGGGGACGAUCGUGUGGGUGCGGCGGAGGAACGGGUCGUGGUGGCCUGGGAGGAUACUCGGCCCGGAGGAGCUCUCGGCGUCUCACCUCAUGUCGCCGAGAUCGGGGACCCCGGUCAAGCUCCUCGGUAGGGAGGACGCCAGCGUGGACUGGUACAAUCUAGAGAAAUCCAAACGUGUAAAGGCAUUCAGAUGCGGUGAGUUUGAUGCUUGUAUUGAGAGGGCUGAGGCUGCCCAAGGUGCUCCUAUAAAGAAAAGAGAGAAAUAUGCACGUAGAGAAGAUGCUAUUCUCCAUGCUCUUGAACUUGAGAGAAAACAGCUUGAGCAGAAGCAUCAGAAACAAGGUGCCACUUCUAAUGGCGGUGCCAAUAAGCCUUCUGGUGCUUUUAGAAAGGAGCUUUAUAACUCAUCUUCUUCAGAAAUGUACUUGAAAAAUGAGGAGCCUGGGAUACACGCUAAAAUUUCUGGAUAUAAAUCUCAGAUGCUUCCCAAAAAAGCAGCCUGGUCUCAAGAGGAUGAAUACAAAAGCAGAAGUAAUAAGCAAUUCAGAUGGGAAGAAGAUACAACAGAAACCAUUCCUAGGAUGAGAGGGCUUCAGGAUUUUGGUCUACGAAUUGCUCCUAAGAGAAAGCUGUCCCCAUCUGUUGCUUGGGAGAUGUCACAGAACCACGCCUAUGAUCAUGUUGAUGAUUUUCUUCAUACUGGUGGUGAGAAAAAUGCAUUGGUUGCUAAAAAGAAGCGAUCACAGAACAGUGCAUUUGAGGAGUCUAGUGUUAAAAAACGUGAUAGGCGUCGACCACUUGUUCAGGUUUUACAAAGUAGUUCAAAACUGCCAGCUCAUCAUUCUUUGCAUGUGGAUCGCGAUGGUAGUGCUGUCUCUGUUCAAGGAGAAAGAGAAAUGGGGAGUGCAAUCUGUCGGGCGAAAAGAAGUCAUUGCAUAUAUUUACCUGCUGAUUCACAAGAUUUUAUGGAUAAUGAUGGAUUUCCUUCAGACCUGUUGCCUACUGCAGGAGAUGAUUUUGGUUUGGAAAGUUGCUUUGAGUAUCCUGGUGUGGCAGAAGAUUAUACAUCUUCGGGCUUAAAGAAUGAGUCUGAUUCUUUAGGAAGGGAGUGCUCAGAAACUGACACGGAUGAGGAGAGAGAGCUUUUCAUAGAUACAAAUCAGACAUUAGCACCAGAACUGAACGUGUGUGGUCCUUCCGCAUCUAAAUUUUCAGAAGACUUCAGAGAUAUGGACAAUAAUGAAAUGAUGCCUCUGUCUAAUUAUGUUCCCCAAUUGAACUCUAAUGAGGACCUUGUGGAUGGUUCGGCUGAUGCUGGGGUCUCAAAAUGGCAUAUGAAAGGUAAACGCAACAACCGUAAUGUGUCUAAGAGGUCUAUGGAUUUGACAGAUGGAAAGAUGAGUUCAGAUAACUAUAAUGAUGGCUCUAUUAGGGAUUCUAUGUAUCAAAGCAGGGGAAGAACUUUUAAAUCGGAAAGAAUUUACCAAGUGAAAGAGGAGUUUCUCUAUGAUUAUGAUGAGUCUGAUUUGAUUGAAAACCAUUCUCAUAUGAUCCCCCUAUCAGACUAUGAAGUGGAAGGGACGUCUCAUGUUGGUCGAAAACCGAUAUUGAUAGAUGUUGAUCUAAAGGUGCAAGCAAGCUAUCAAGGCGAGCAUGUUCCUCUGGUUUCUCUAAUGAGCAGAUUGAAUGGCAAAGCAAUUGUUGGACAUCCUGUUCAAAUCGAGAUACUCGAAGAUGGUUCCACUGCUCAACUUCUUAUGGCUAAUAAUGUCAGCCUUGAUGAAAGUACCGCACCACGGCCUUUUUGGAGGACAGGCCGAAGAACUGCCAUGCAAAGAGUCCCCCGUUCUAAUCCCAUAACAUCUACUUUAGAGGGCGAUUAUGAUAAUGAUGACGAGAAGGCUCUUCUAUAUUCUGAUUGGGAAAUCAAGGCUCCUCAUUUAAAGAAGCAUUCCAUCCAUAAUCAUAAGGCCCAGUUGGCAAAGAGGAGUAUCACGCGUGCUAAUCGACCAUCAUCAGUGAAGUUUCAGAAGAAGCUUUUUAAAAGAACUAACUUGUCGAGCCAGAAGAUUAGAACUCUCUCUUCAAUUGCUAUUGAAAAGAAGCUUGGGGGUGAGACGGGGGAUGUUUUGGGUAGCUUGAUCAAACCAGAGGGAGCAGCUCCCUUGGUCACAUGUGUACCUGUGAAGGUGGUGUUCAGUAGGAUUCUGGAAGCAGUCGGGAGGUCCCCAAUUGCUGUAUCUCACCGCUUAAAAAUGGCUAGCCCGGCAGUAAGAGAUAAUACAUCAUAGGUACCAGCUUUAUUAGCUUUAAGAGAUACAUCAAACAGACUGCCAAAAAAAUGGAACAUUUUGGCUUAUUAUAGCUAAAGUGACGAAUUGAUCUCCUUGGUUGCUUCAGUAAGUGAUUCUGAUCAACCGAUUGCUUUGGUAAAUGAGGACCUGAUUGGUCAGUGUAAAAUAUAUCAUGGUGAUUUACGUCAAUGUCGCGGAGAUUGACAUCUUGCUGUUGAUCCCUUUGAGAGAAGGGAGCAAACUCUCCAAGGAGCAAUCAGGUAUUCGCCGUUUGGGUUGGCUGACUCUUGUAAAGUGUACUAACUGCAGCUUUCAUUAUAUUUAGUUGUUUAAGCCUUUCCGCAAAUUACAUACCUUUUCAAAAAUCAUGUAAAAGAGUUUAUUUACAUUGGGAUACAUCAGUUAUUUAUUAUCAGGGGCUCUGUCCUUCAGUAGUUACAGUGUGUGCUGAGAAGCAUAUUUGAAGAACCGGAAAUAGUAUAUGUGAAGCAUAAACAUCAGAUGAUGCGAAAGCUGUAACUUAAAUGCAUCUGGAAUCUUCAUCUCCGAAUAAUCUCAGCGAACAGAGUUAGCAUAUCUGAGUUAGCAUAUCUGAUUACCUGCUUGUUGUAAUCCAGGAUUAGUUCUCAUAUAUGAACUUGUAUUCUCUUGUUUGUAGUGUAUUGCAAAGCAAUGGAAAUAGCCUUGAAUGCCUUUCGUUUUUUCCGAAAA